AUGGAGAACUCAAGCGCGACUAACAGCGACACACUUUCACCCAUUAGCUUGCCAUCUUUUUUCAACUUCACGGAAAAUGACACGAGCGUCACCCCGGUGCCAGAGAGCUUCCAAGAGGACCUCGCCAGCGCAGGAUUACGCGUCACCAGGAACCCAGUGUCUCUUAUGGCCAGCACUUUCAGGACUACCGUGGCCGGCCGCUUGUUCGCAGGGGAUCCCUCAGGUCCGGCCCCUGCCCCGGCGCAUCUCGUGGUGGCCUUCUGGGACUCCCCGCUGAGCCACGGCAUCAACGUGUUCGUGGGGAUCGUCCUGUGCUUCACCAUGCUGGGGCUGGGCUGCACGGUGGAGCUGAGCCAGCUGGGCGAGCACAUCCGCAGACCCAUCGGGGUCCUGCUGGCGCUGGUGUGCCAGUUCGUGAUCAUGCCGCUCGUGGCGUUCCUCUUGGCGCUCACAUUCUCGCUGAACGACGUGGCGGCGAUUGCGGUGCUGUUGUGCGGCUGCUGUCCCGGAGGGAACCUGUCCAACAUUAUGUCCCUCCUGGUCAACGGAGAGAUGAACCUGAGCAUAAUAAUGACCAUUUCCUCCACGAUCCUGGCGCUCGUGCUGAUGCCGCUGUGCCUGUGGAUGUACAGCCGCGCCUGGAUAAACACGCCCGUGGUGAACCUCAUGCCCUUCGGCGCAAUCAUCCUCACCUUGUGCAGCACCCUCAUCCCCAUCGGCCUGGGGGUCUACCUCAGAUACCGCUACAACCGGACCGCCGACGUCAUCUUAAAGGUGUCGCUGUGGUCCCUGCUGGUUACCCUGGUGAUGCUCUUCAUAAUGACGGGGGUCAUGCUGGGCCCGGAGCUCCUGGCCACCAUCCCGCCGGCUGUGUACGCCGUGGCGGUGCUCAUGCCCAUGGCGGGCUACGCGGCCGGGUACGGCCUGGCCACGCUCUUCGACCUGCCGCCCAGCAGCCGCCGGUCCGUCUCCCUGGAGACCGGCUGCCAGAACGUGCAGCUGUGCACCGCCAUCCUGAAGCUGGCCUUCCCGCCGCAGCUGAUCGGCGGGCUGUACAUGUUCCCGCUGCUGUACGCGCUGUUCCAGGCCGCCGAGGCCGGCCUCUUCAUCCUGCUCUACAGAACCUACCGGCAGGAAGUCCUGCGCAAGCAGGACCUGGCGGGGGACGACGACGACACCUCCGUCACCUACAAGACGCUGAAAGAGGAGGAGUCGGGGCUCGACGCGGCCUACGGGUCCGUGACGGCGAGCGACCCGAACGCCAUCGCCCUCGCACCCCAGCCGCACCCCGCGCACGUGUAGCCGCGCCCCGGGACUUCACACCCUGCUGCAUGUCCGCUGCUCAUUCGCUGCAGAUCUGAAUCUCUCAUGUGGUCAAGCUGCAGUUCCAUAAUUAACUAACAGACCCCAGGUAAGGCAGGGCAGGCUCAUGUACAUGUCAUACAGGCCUAAUUUAGGUAAUUCUGCGCUAUUGUGAAUUCUGAAACCGUAGGACUGCACAGCCAAAAGCAGAAUACUGUUACUGUUUACAGAAUGCCAGGACGCCAAUAAUACAGACACACUUCACAGCAUUACUGUGACCUAGAGCUGUUAGCUCAAGCAUUACCAUUAGCCAUCAGCCUUGAGGAAGGAUUGGCUUAUUAACAGAACACAGCCCCAGUGGGAAUAUCUCUAAGCAGACCAGCUAGUCUCGUGUGAUUAGUUUUGGAAAUAAAAUACAUUCGCCAACGUGGUCACUGGAUCACAAAGCUGGCUUUGUGUCCACAGCUGAUAAUUAUCCGAACUAAUUUUUCGCUUUGGAACCAGAAAUAAACAUAUUUAUAUAUGUAUAUUUUAAAGUGACGCAAAAAGACUAAUAACAGGAGCCUUCCCUCAGAACACACCGGGUUAGUAGCCAAUCCACAGCUUUGAUCUUACCGUAGGU